CGCAUCUCUUGUGUUCAAACCUCAACCUCGGUUCCUGUCCAUGUGGGUGAGGGCGUUGCAUUGCGUUGGGAGUCGCUUCCUUGCAUUGGAUGAAUGAAUCAUGAUGAUCGUCACGAUUGGCUGCUUCUGGUCCACCUAUUGUAGUGGUCGCCCACGAUGUUGCGCAGCAUCGUCGAGAAUAGAUCUGCGAUCACCUCUUCCUCAGGACCGCGCUCACGAACCGGGUUGGAUUGCUUCGGUCCCACUUCUCCGGCCCGACGUAGCGUUCGCCGAGAAUGUGUUUGAUAGAAAUGUGCCACCGAGGGCUGAGGUUGUGAUGUGCCAUUGUAGUUGUCGUUGUCAAGUAGUGUGAAAUCUACGGGAGGAGUUGCAGACUUAUAGUCGUCGGGAUUGAAACAUCAAACGUUCCAAGAAGUGCAAAGAUAAUCACGGAAUCGGAUGGAAGCUCGAGCAAGUUGAGAUGGUCAAGAUACCUAGUGGAUGCUUGGACUCUGCUCAUAGUGAAGCACAUGAGAGCACUAAAUCGUA